AUGUCGGGCAUCAACGUUCUCAUCACCGGAGGCAGCCGAGGCAUUGGCAGAGCGACUGCUCUGCUAGCAGGUCAAAGAGGCUGGAACGUAGGCAUCAACUACGUUCGAGAUGCUACGGCAGCUGAAGCCACUGUCCAGGAAGUCAACGAAGCCGGCGGCAAGGACGUGAUCGGCCUGUUCGACAAGAUGAAUGACGCAUACGGUCCGAUCCACGGCCGGGUCAUCAAUGCCAGCAUCACGGCUCCUGCGAUGCCUCUUGCAGACAUGAACGUCGACCGACUACGACCUAGUUUCGAUACGAACAUUCUUGGAGCUUACCUUUGCGCCCGAGAAGCAGCUCGUCGAAUGCCAAAGUCCGAGGUUGGGACCGCUAAGAGCAUCAUCAUUGUCUCCUCAGUGGCAUCAAAACUAGGCUCGCCGAACGAAUAUGUCGACUAUGCUGGAUCGAAAGGGGCCAUGGACUCGCUUACCUUGGGUCUUUCGAAAGAGCUCGGCCCGCAUGGGGUCCGGGUGAGUGCGGUGCGGCCAGGUCUGAUCAGCACCGAUAUCCACAAGUCGUCCGGUGAUGCGGACCGCGCAAGUCGUCUAGGCGCACAGACGCCGAUGCGAAGGCCAGGAGAAGCGAAUGAGGUGGCGGAAGCGAUCGGUUGGCUGCUUUCCCCAGCGUCGUCUUAUGUGACUGGAGCGUUGCUUGAUGUAGCUGGUGGUCGCUGA